CGCAACCAUAGCUCAACAUCUUUUGAAAAUCUAAUCAAAGGUUCCACAGUGCAACGCAACCACCAAGGCGACAAUCCCUCUCUAGAUCCGACUCGAAGUCGCUCUUGUAUACGCAAUCGGUACAGCCUCCCAUUUACAACGCCUGCACAUGACACUGCACUCUCCGUUUCGCCGUCAUGGCCAAGAAGGCACGACAGAGAAUCAGCUAUGUUCUCGAACGAGCAGAUAAGCAGGCAGGUGGUCACAUCAAGGGUGUCAAUGGCCUUGCUGUCGACCGCGAGAGGUCUAUCCUAUACUCUGGAGGUCGCGAUGGCAUCCUCUGUGCAUGGGAUCUGAACCUCGGCCUGUCCGACAAUCCAACCUCUUCCACAGUUGACUCGACUCCCGACGCGACGCCCGACGUCUCCAGGACCAAGAAUACCACCAAGUUUCGCACGCAACACCUCGCACAUACUAACUGGAUCUGCGAUAUUGCAUUGGUUCAGGGAAGCGAAGCGGUGGUGACAGCCUCUCAGGACCAGCUUGUCAAGCUCUGGAGGCCACACGCGAGCCAGGCUGAGGAGCCCUACAAGAUUGGCGAACACGCGGACUAUGCCAAAUGUGUCGCAUCGCCAAACUCGAAUGGCACAUGGGUUGCCACGGGCGGCUUGGAUCGCAAGGUAUACAUGUGGGAUCUGAACGGCGGCGGCAAGAUUCAAGAGAUCGAUACACAGGGCGAGGAGAUCUCGGAGAAGGGCUCCAUCUACUCUCUCAGUACUACCGAGAACGUCUUAGCCUACGGCGGGCCCGAGUCUAUAUUACAUCUUUGGGACCCAAGAUCGGGGAAGCGCAUCACAAAAUUUCGCGGCCAUACGGGUCUCGUGCGGUCUAUCCUGCUAAGUGCGAACGGCGACACAGUCAUGACGGGCAGCCAGGACCAGACGGUCAAGAUCUGGAGCGUCACGGCAGGCCGUUGCAUGCACACCCUGACUAUGCAUAACGAGUCCGUCUUCUCACUGUACUCGGAGGCCCCAGACCUGUCUGUCUUUUACAGCGCAGACCGGUCCGGCUUGGUAGUGAAAACCGACACCCGUGGCGCUGAGGUGGAUGACGGUCUUGCUCUCGCCGUGGCGCAUGAGCACGACAUCGUCAACAAGGUCAUCGCUGCAGGAGACUACAUAUGGACGGCCACCCAGAGGUCGUCUAUCAACAGGUGGCACAAUGUCGACACCAGCGCCGAUAUCCAGCUUCCCGAGUCCUUCAGACAACACCGCGCCUCCGUGUCGAGCAACGUCGCACCUCCUGCGUCUACCGAGACACCUGGCGCAAAGCCAAAGGAGAUUCCUCCCAGAUCGAUUCUUCGCAUCUCAAAUACGGCAAAGUUCCCUCUUCCCGACACCGAGGCAGACCCGAGUGCAAACGAGCCUGUCAACGCUGUGGACCCCAUACAGCACGUGCCUCAGGAGACAAUCGAGGGCCAGUUUGGCCUGGUUAAGCAUCGGCUGCUGGCAAACAAACGCGAGGUUCUUACACUGGAUACGGCCGGUGAUGUCCUGCUCUGGGACCUGAUCAAGUGCAAACCCAUCAAAAGCUACGGAAAGAAGCACCUGGAGGACGUUGAGCCCGAAGCUAACACGCGUGAGAGCAUAUCGCCAUGGUGCUCAGUGGAUACAAGCUCCGGCAACCUCACCGUUGUCCUGGAGCCAUUUAAUUGUUUUGAUGCCGAAAUGUAUGCCGAUGAGCUUCCGCUGGACGAGCCAGUCGAGUUCAGAGACGACCAGAGAAUCAACUACGGGAAAUGGAUCCUGCGCUACCUUUUCGCAAACUUACUCGACGAAGAGAUCAAGCGUGACGAGGCCCAUCGGCACAAGCUCAACGAGAUGGUGGACUCGCGCAUCGCGGCAAUAAAAGCGAAGCCGAUCACGAUCCAGCUCCCCAACAGUGCCGGCUGGGAACAAGCGGUGGAGACCCCAACCACCCCCAGAGCCAAUGGCCCUCAGUAUGUGCCCAUGACACCAGGUGGCAUGGGCAUUGGACUUGCGACGCCAGUUUUACCAAAGGAGGGGGCCAUGGGGCCUGGGAGCCCCUUGGAGGCACGGGCCUCUGCAAACGGGCAGCAGUUGCAAGACCGAGAGGAUUACUUUUCCAACGCAAUCAAUGCCAUUAAUAGCAAUCAGACUGCGAAGCCGGCCGGCACACCUGCCACUGAGCAAGCUGAAGACAAGACUAACAAGUCCGAGGAUGGAAAAGACAGCAAGGACAAGGAGAAGGACAGGGGCGAUGCCAAGUCGCCUUUCGGCAAGAAGUUCCGUAUGGGCAUGUCCUUUGGGACGAAGAAGCUGGGCAGAUCAGGCUCGGCAUCAGUGGCAGAGAAACCUGCAGUCGUGGACGACAAGGCGGCUGAAUCCGAAUCGUCGUCGAACCACGAGCCGGAGAAGGAGUUCGACGACAACUUCCUGGGUGUCGUGCAAAAGAUCCAGAACAUGUACGAGAAGCACCUGGCCGAGACCCCAGAGAAGCAUGUCGAGACCAAGAUCACGCCUAGCCUGCCCAACGAGACGCCUGUGCUGAAGCUGCCUCCUGGGACCAAGGUGAUCAUCCAGGAGGAAACGUCCGGCGGAAGUGCCGAGCUGUACCGCGGAACGGUGGAGUCUGUGGGGUCCGACGCGGACGAGAUCGAGAAGUGUGCGCCGCAGUGGCUCGGCGAGGUACUGCUUCUGAACACCCCGCCGCAAAAGGAACCGGUCAAGGUCUCAUUCGUGCUACAUCCCUGGCCCGAUUCAGGAUUGCCCGUCCUUGCGCCCACGGAUGGAAACAACCGCCUCAAUGCUAAUAAGAUGUUGCGGGUGAAGAAGAUCCUGGCGUACGUGGCGGAGCGGAUUGACCCGACUCUGGAAGACGCCGAGAACAAGACCGAGGAAGACCCGGCCGCGCUGAAGCCGGAGGAGUAUCUCGAGCUGUACUGCGCCGAUCAGCUACUCCCCAUCAACAUGACCUUAGCGACCAUGCGGGCCUAUAUCUGGAAGGGCGGUAACGACGUCGUUCUCUUUUAUAAGGCCAAUGGCAGGAAAGAAAUUCCUCUCCCAGCCCCCGAGGCUCCGACAGCAUCAGAGGGAGAUGCACCUAGCGACGCACCCACGUCGGGCGACGAGGUCCCUGAGGCGCAGUCGCCCCAAUCUGCCACACCAGCGGCGGCUACGUAAGCUGUCUCGAAGGCCUCAUUCUGGGUGAGAAUCUUGACGGAAAAUGGUAUCGGGGGGAGAAGGUUUCUACGGAUCAUCAAGAUACUGGGUGUGAAGGGUCAUACAAAGCGGCAGUUUACAAGUUGUGGCUGGCGGUGAGGAGCUGAAAUCGAACUUAAACGACUGUUUGGACAAGUCCUUUUGCAGUGGCAUAUCUGACGAGUUGGAUAUCCUCCUUUAUCUACAUAUAUAGAGAGAGGUUGCCCCAAAGCAUCUUGGGGCCUCUUUUAAUUAUAACAUGGAACCUGAGACGAACGCGGCGAAAAGCAUGGAGAUCGAUCAUGGGACAGUGGCAUCGUGACUCUAGCGGAUACACAGCGGGCAUGAAGGUAGUUGAUCUUGCUAUAAUUUGUCUAAAGGGUAUUAUUGUUUUGUUUAAUGUCUAUAUGUUAUGGUACAACAGAUCUUGUGAUGCCUGUUCAGAUCCGGAUGUCCAUGGUGUUUGUGAUUAGCAGCAUAAUGUCUGCCGUGUCGGUGGUGGCAGACUGAACAUGGUUGUAUACCACGCUCUUGAAGCUUGGUUAUCCUGUACAAUGUUUGGUCCAAGAACGGAUGUGACAGUUCCAGCAAGGAUAUGUGCAUCUUGGCGUCGAGGAGGGCUCUGACUGGUAGGUUUUGGAACCCCCUUCUCGCCCAUUUUUAUGCAGAUAAUCCUUUGGUCACCUAGAAGCCAAAUGAGCACAAUCCACCGUCGGCGUAGCAUCCUUCAAUGGUUCUCUUUCCUUUCCUACGAAUCAUCAUCACGGCAGUCCAAGACCAGCCCCUCUCCUCACUCGGCCCCUCUCCAGCGCGUUCACAGCCCACUGAUAGCUCCCUAGGAACACGGCGCCGCCCACGCUGAUCCACAUCACCCUCGGCCCGAUGCCAGCGAAGAAAGGCCGUAUGCCGUGCUGCCGCAGGAUAGACACCACGAUCUCGGCCACACCGGUGCGCUGGCUGCUCAGCAUGACGCGUGUCUUGAGCACAUCGAGCGGGGUGGUGACGGCCGCGGCAACGGCGCCGGCGACGCUGCCGUACAGGGCGCUCUCGGCGGCAGAGACGUCCUCGCCCGGGCCGAGGAGCUGCUGGCGGCGGCGCGAGUAGGCCUUGAGGGACUCCCAGAUGGGGAACUGGAUGAUGGUGAAGGGGACCUCGCGGAGGACGGUGAUGCCCCAGCCGCGGUAGAGCUCGCGCACGACCCUGAGGAGGCCGCUGCCGGAGGAGGAGGAGGAGGAGGAGGAGGGCUGGUGGUGGCGCAGGGCGAGGAUUGCGCGCAGGGAGGACAGGGAGGAGCCGCCGUGCUGGCCGGCCUGGGCGCGCUGCUUGACGACCUCGGUGGGGACGCGGACGGCGCAGGCUGCGAUCUCGCCCAGGGAGGCGGCGAACAUGUGGUCUACCGCGUGGCUCUUUGCAUUACCUAACCCUAGCAAGCCAUUUUCCCCUUCCUCCCCCUGCUGCUGCAAGCUGCCACGCUCUCGAGCUGUAGUGGUGCCUCUCCGCAGGUCGGCGCAAAACGUCUUGGCCGACUCGUAUGUGCAAAAGAAGAGGGCCGCGCCGGGGGCGGACCCGAGGGCUGCGGAGCCUACGCCCCUGUAGAUGCCACGAAAGCCGCCUGAGGCGAAGAAGCCUUCGGAGGACUGGAGGCGGGUCUUGAGGGUGUCGAGGGGAAAGAGGGCGAGGUCGACGGUGGUGCCGGCUAUUCCGCCGGCGAGGAGGGCCGAGGUGAAGGGUGGACUGCUGGCCUGGGCGGUGGCCAUUGUUUAACAAGGAGCUUGGGGCAAAGGGGAGAGAAGGAGGAAGAAAAAGAAUAGGAGACUAUAUACUGAGAAACAUGGCGAGAUUUAGUUGUGGUCGUGGAGAAAAGUGUACGUUUGUU